AAUAGUCCUUCAUUUUCAGCUAAUUUUUUAUCAACAAAAAGAUGACUAUAUAUAAACUUGAAAAAUUUCCUUACGUGUGUCGAAUGUGUCUGAAGGAACCGGGUAAAAAUGAAAUGUUUUCAUUGGAUACGGUAGAUCCCUUUUUCGACGGUAGCAUACGUGAUUUUAUUUCAACAAUUACCUUUGAAAUUGACGAGAACAAAGAAUUAUUUUUACCAAGAGAAGUGUGCAAGCAGUGCCUAGAGCUGCUGAAAUUUUUUGCAAAGUUUCGUUACAAGUUAUUCACGACACAUUUAUUCAUGGAUUCACUAGUGGAACUGAAGCUGUCCAACCAAGAUCCAAUCAAAAACCUGUUCCAAACCAAAUCAGAGAAACUAGCAAUUCUCUUCAAAGAUCUUGACCUAUGUACCAAAGAUGUCGCACAGUUGGACGAUCUGUUAGAUGAGUUUCCUAAUUAUCGCAUUGCUAAAAUGACUCCUAACGAGGACAUUGAAAAAUUCGAUUUCGAUGAAGACUAUUUCUACGCCGAAGAGUGUACCACCACUGAAUUAGCCGAAUUGAUUAUUCAGUCAGUCGAAACAAACCCCAAACCGGUGGUAAGAAGAUUAAAUAAAGCGAAUAACGAGUGCCCGGUAACUGUGGAUGCCGAGGAUAAUGAUGUGGAGUUAUUGGAUAGUAGCAAGUGUAAGGAUCUCGUUCCUACAAAUACCGUUCGAAAGUACGGAGGACGAAGGCUGGCCGAGCCUCUGCAGUGUCCAAAAUGUAAAUAUUCUACUCAUUAUGCACUCAAUUUUCAAACUCAUCAACUCUUGCAUAUAAAGCGAGAAAACAGAAGGUAUGCAUGCAAGCAACCCGGAUGUCCCGAAGUAUUUCUUACUAAUAGGCAGCGAAACAACCACUAUGGACAAUUUCACAAACCUUUGGUUUGUGACACUUGCGGAAAACAGUUUCCAACGCCAAAGGCGUUGACCAUGCAUAAAGAGCGUCAUCUGAACCUGAUGAAUCAUUACUGUUCCUUUUGCGGUAAAGGACAUAACACGAAAAAUGAUCUAAGAAUUCACAUAAAUAAUAGGCACAAUGCUACACACUUCUUUUCUUGUGAAACAUGUGGACUGCAGUUCAAACGCAAGUCGGUACUGAAUGAUCAUGUGAUAAUUCAUACCAAUAAGAAAGAUUUCAAGUGCGACAAAUGUGAUAAAGAGUUUAUGCUACUUUCUGCCCUUAAAAAGCAUUGCAAAACCGUACAUGACAAGGUGCGCUAUGCCUGUGAGUUGUGCGAUGAGUCUUACUGCAGACGGAAAAAACUCAAGGAUCAUAUUGAGUACGUGCAUGGGAUUCAAUCACGUUUUGUUUGCGACAUUUGCCUGCAAAUGUUUGAUAACCAAGAUUUGCUGGAUAAGCAUAAAGCUCGCCAUGCAAAUCCCAAGGAAAACGAGUGUGGUGUUUGUUUGGCUGUGUUUCCAAGUGCCGAAGCAGUGGAAAACCACCUCUGCAUUACUUACAGAGAUGACUAUAUUUGCUGUGAAAGAGAUUUCCGAUAUCAUUACUCGUACAACAAGCAUAUGCUACUCAAGCAUGGUGUUCGUACCAACGCACGCGUCAAGCCGGACCCGAACCAUUUGCUUGGAUACAUCAGAGCUAAGCGGAAACGCAUCGAAACUUGUCCAAAGUGUGAGAAAACAUUUGCUACCAGAAAUCAGAAAAAACAACACUUGGAGCACUGUACGGGCCCUGGUGAAGUUAUCACCGAUCCGAAAUUGGAAAGCGAUGAUAUCAUCGUUGAAUAUAUCUAAUUAAAACAAUUCAAAAGAAUUUAUGCUCCAGAAUAAACGACAUCUUCGGUUGUUUUACGAUGAAAGCUCACCUAAAAGGUCAAACGAAUGAAUGUGCCACGAAACAAAUUGCAGCUGAUGAUAAGUUUUGGUUACUAAAUUAGAUAUAA